UGGAAUGAAAAAGUAGUAAAAUCAAUUGGAAAUAUAUUGUUUUUUCCCUCCAUGUCUCGUUGUCUACAUAUACUGUUGUUCUGUUUCAUGAAUAAGAUCAAAAGAGAAAAUAAACAAGUUCUACAAUAAAUCUUUUUAGUAAAAUCUAGAGGCUAUUUUUCUUUUUACACAGCCUUUUGUUGACAAAAUUCGAAAUAUCUCUUUGACUAGCAAAUGUCAAAAGAAUUAAUUUGUUGAUGCAAAUACACAAAUGUUUCGUAUGUAUUCUAUAUAUUAGUUAUUAUGUAUGCAACUUGCUUCAAUAGCUAUUUUGAAUAUGAUUUUGUUGAAGUUAUCAUCCCUGAACAAAAAUCUUGCACAUUGAUCAUCUGUCUUUUAUCCAUGCAGGUUUUAUGUUGCCGAAGUCCUUCUUGCUUUAGAGUACUUGCACAUGCUUGGAGUUGUUUAUCGUGACUUGAAACCUGAAAACAUUCUUGUCCGGGAAGAUGGACACAUUAUGCUCACAGAUUUUGACCUUUCACUAAGGUGUGCAGUUAGCCCAACGCUUCUACAAUCCUCUUCCGAGAAUGAACCAGCAAAAAGUUCUGGCCCUACCACAAAACCAAGUUGCAUUGAGCCAUUCUGCAUUGAGCCCUCUUGUCAAGUUCCAUGCUUCAGCCCUAGAUUCUUACCCGCAGCAGCAAAAGCAAGGAAACUAAAAGUUGAUCUUGCAGCCCAGAUUAGAUCAUUGCCACAGCUUGUGGCCGAGCCCACCGAUGCCAGAUCAAACUCAUUUGUUGGAACACAUGAAUACUUGGCUCCUGAGAUCAUCAAAGGAGAGGGACAUGGAGCUGCAGUUGACUGGUGGACGUUUGGGGUUUUUCUUUACGAGCUCUUAUAUGGUAGAACACCCUUCAAAGGCUGCAAUAAUGAAGAAACACUAGUGAACGUGGUGUUGCAGAGUCUUAGGUUCCCAGACAGCCCAUUUGUUAGCUUCCAAGCGAGGGAUCUGAUAAGAGGGUUGCUGGUUAAGGAACCUGAGAACCGUUUGGGAUCAGAGAAAGGUGCUGCUGAGAUUAAACAGCAUCCUUUCUUUGAUGGCCUCAACUGGGCCUUAAUUCGUUGUGGUCUCCCACCAGAGAUUCCAGAGUAUUGUGAUUUUGGAGUUUCUGAUGUGACACCAGAAAGCAAGGGUGGUAAGUAUUUAGAGUAUAAUGCAACUGGAGAGCAUCUGGAGUUCGAGUUGUUCUAGAGAUACUGUUGGUUUUUUUUUUUUUAAAGAUAGGAUUCUUCCACGAUGGAUGUGUGAAGCUGUAACUUAUAUGUAAGCCUAUGUUGUAAAUUUAGUUUUGGUUUAUAUACCACGGUAUGACCGUAACUGGUGUAUGUGGACGUGGCAACUUGAGUGUUGAAUGAUAAUUCAUAAUUGCAAUCUUAAGGAACAAACAUUCUCGA